CGACCUGGUUGAGGACUGCAGCAGGAGGCGGGGUCUCGUGCUCCUACCCGGCCGUGCCCUCCCCUUCCCCCCCCGUCGCGCCGCUCCUCACGAAGUUCUCGCGAUACCUGCCCGAGGCGCUUUCACGGCCGUGGCUCACGGACGCGCGAGGCGGCUCCGCCCUUCCCGAGCGGGUUGGGGCCCGUCCCGCGCUUCUCGCAGUGAUCGUAUCGUGGAAUAUUCUGACAGAAGGGAAGGGAUCCACAAGGAUCGUCGAGCUCGACCUUAAGGGAUUGGCUCAUACAGGGAUUGAACGUACAGUGUUGGCAUUUUCAGCAGCGGGUUCUAACCCACUCAGUUAAUGUCGGGCCGUAUUACACUGUCCCUACCCGCUCUCAGCCCACGCGUCCCUUUGCUGCUUUCCCCUGCUGCCCAUUGCUCCCUGCGCUGGACACAGUUCCACAGCAGCUUUGGGUCUCGGUCAGUAAUAAGAGGAGGACCUGCAACCCUCGGUCCGCGUUUCGGGCUGCAGCGCCCCUUCCUCGUCCCUCCCGCGGCUCUGCGGCAAAAUCCGACCAAUGCCGGGGCUGGCCCGGCGCUGCCGCCCCUCCCCGCCGCCCCUCCACCUCCCGCCCGCGGGAAGCCCCACGGAGGAGCCUCUCUCGGGCAGCUCUGUCUUUGUUUGCUUGGGCCAUGGCGGCUUCGAGUUUCCUUUGUGUGCCCGGACACUCCCAGAGCUGCCGUGUCCGUGCAGUGGUGCUGCGGCCCGGGCACGGAGCGAUCCGUGCGUUCCCGUUCGCACGGAGCGGCUGCAGGCCCAGCCCCGCGGAGCUCGCUCCCGCCGCCCUCACAAGGGAGUGUCCGCUGCUGUACACCGAGAUCCAGCGAGCGAGACAACGUUCCGGAUACCACAAACAACUGGCUCCGUAACAUCUGGAUAAUGAACGCGAGCCAAACAAUUCUUAUUCCAAUGAGGAAGCCAGAAAUUUUGCUGUGUGUUUCAUAUUUUCCAGAAAACGGCAUUCAUGCUGCUUACAGUAUAUAUUGGACUGUAUUUGUCAAGUGAAUGAAUAAACACUGAGAGACAUA